CAACAGCUCACCCUCCACCCGCCGCGCAAAUCCACACCGAACGACCGUCUCCCGUCGAACACACAAUCUCACACAAUGGAUACCGCUAAGGCCCCCGUCAAGCUCGUCAAGGUCACCCGUGUCCUUGGCCGAACCGGCUCCCGUGGUGGUGUCACCCAGUGCCGUGUCGAGUUCAUGGACGACCAGACCCGUUCCAUCAUCCGCAACGUCAAGGGCGCUGUCCGUGAGAACGACAUUCUCUGCCUGCUCGAGUCCGAACGCGAGGCCCGCCGCCUGCGAUAAGUGCUUGCUUUGGGGAGAAGUGGCGCGUUGGCAUUUUCCUUCGGUUUCGGAGUUCUUCACGAAUCGAUCGGCUUUACACAUGGUCAUCAUGAGGACAUGGAUGCGUUAGUCUGGUGCUGCGAGGCGCUGUGACUGGGGAGGAUAUGCGAGGAGACAUGAUAACCAGGAAAUCAACGAACUGGGACAUGCUCCUGAAUGAAACGAUACCUCC